GCUGUCCGUGGAUGUGGGAUGACCUGGCUUGUUGGCAGGCCGCAGCCCUAGGUGAAGUGGUAUCAGUCAGAUGUCCUGAAGUCUUCCAUGACCUCCUGAGUCCUGACGAUGAGAUUGGUUGGAUCAGUAGGAACUGUACAGCAGAGGGCUGGUCAGAAACAUUUCCUCACUACGUUGACGCCUGUCUGUCAGACGAUAACACCACCAGCCCGGACAUGUACUAUGCAUCUGUGAAAGCUCUGUACACAGUAGGAUACAGCAGCUCCCUGGUCUCUCUCACCACCGCCAUGACUAUACUCUGCCGGUUCAGGAAGCUCCACUGUACCAGGAACUAUAUCCAUAUGAACUUGUUCCUUUCCUUCAUGCUGAGAGCUAUCUCUGUCUUCAUCAAGGAUGGGGUUCUCUAUACACAGGAAGAUGAAAAUCACUGCUUCAGACACACCGUGGAGUGUAAAACAGUGAUGGUAUUAUUCCACUACUGUGUGAUGUCCAACUACUUCUGGCUGUUCAUCGAAGGCCUGUACCUCUUCACCCUGCUGGUCCAAACCUUCUUCCCAGAGAGACGAUACUUCUACUGGUACACCGUGGUAGGAUGGGGUACUCCCACCAUUUGUGUGACUGUCUGGGCUACUCUGAGGCUUCACUUUGACGACACAAGUUGCUGGGAUACCAACAACACCACUGCCCUCUGGUGGGUGAUCAAGGGACCGACGGUCGUCUCCAUCAUGAUCAACUUCGUCCUGUUUGUUGGGAUCAUAGUCAUUCUGGUCCAGAAGCUCCAGUCACCUGACAUCAGGGGGAAUGAGUCCAGUAUCUACCUGUAA